GUUUCCAUUUCAUAAAAUUUAUUUAAAUAACUUAUUUAGUUUAGUGCUUAAAUUAUUUAUGUAAUAAAACUGCAGCAACUAAUGCAAAUAGUUCAUGUGGGGUAUGUGCAAAUUAAAUAACGGGUGCAGUCUAACAUUCCAAAACUUUCGUUUUACCGUUUGCGGAUUUUUUUAUUCAGCUUACAAUAAUCCUAUAAAAAUUGUGAAUAAUGCUUGAACAGGAAUGUAAAGAGGAACCACAUACUGAACAAGAAGAGGAUGCAGACGCAGAAGCAGAAGCUUACUUAAAUCAUUUAUUAAACGAUGGUUGCAAUGAAGGCGACAGCGGUGCAGAGAUGGAAAUGCCGCCAUGGUACAAUGAACAACUAUUCAUACGUGGACAAACCUUUAUGAGUAAAUAUCGUUUUGUGCUCCAUUCCGGCAUGCUAGCUGGUCUAGUUGCAGUUCUAGCGAUUCCUUCUAUUCUACGCAUAUUAAUCUGCACACGUCAAUCAUCAACUCCAGCAACGGCUUAUCGACGCUAUUUGCGAACCAUUCUCCACACAAACGCUUGGUACGAUCAUUCACCCACUUCUAAAAACUCAAAAUUUUGGACUAGUCUACGCGCAGUACGAAAAGCUCAUAGCCAUUCGAGUAAAGCUAGCACUAAACUUGGUAGUGGACAGAUCACACAAAAAGACUUGGCACUAACACAAUUUGGUUUUAUUGGCUUCAUAACGCUUGGUGCCCCACGUAUACAAUUAUAUGAUGAGGAAUUUUUGGAGUGCACUUCGCAUAUGUGGCGUGUUCUAGGUUAUUUACUGGGUAUUAAAGAUGAGUAUAACAUAUGCGGUGAAAAUUGGUCGGAAACCAAAAAACGUUUAAAUAUCGUAAGGCAGAAAGUUUAUGUACCGGCCUUAGAAAACACAAACGAAGAAUUUGUGCAAAUGACUAAAGCAUUACUGGAAGGUCUAUGGCCAGUUAACACCACACUAACUGUGGGUUCAUUUCUAUUUUUCACCAAACGCUUAGCUUACGUAAAGGGCUAUGAAUAUUAUGAAUUUGAUCAGGAACCUGGCACAAAACGAGAUCCAGAUCAAAAAAAAUAUUUCUACGAUUUGAACUGGUGGGAUCGUAUAAUAGUCAGUUAUGGUUUACAUGUUGUUACAUAUUUCCAUAAAUACAAUAUUGUCCGUUGUUAUUUAAAUUUUCGAGUCUGGUUAAGCCAAUUGAUAGUAUAUUAUUUGCCGUACGUGGCCAUUUGGAAAUAUGGAUUUAAGUCGGCUUAUGUCCGCAUAUUUACUCAUAGCGGAAAAGAGAAGGAAUUUCAGUUUCAUUUAAAAACUGACUGAUCAAAAUUAUUAUGUUGCGAAUACUCUAGAACUUGUCAAUUUUAUAGUCAAAUAUGCAAAUAUACAUGCGUUAAUAUUAAAAUAAAUUGUAUUUAUAUUU